AUGGGCAGGGACGGAAGGCGGAGAAUAGGCGGAUGGCGGAUGUCGAACGGGCGGACGGCGGAUGGCGAACGACGGCAAAAACUGGGUGCCCGACGGUGGCGCACGGCAAGGCCGGAUGGUGGCGAAUGGGUGGAGGGCCGAAUUCGAUUUUUUGUUUGGAGGCGUGGAGGUAUGGCGAUCGACAUUAUUCAAGGAAAAGAGAUCAGCCUUGUCGAGGCUAUAGACGUUGGUAUCAUUGAAGGGUACAAACAUGGGAAAGAAAAAAAGAUAGAGAUCAUCGAGGAGAUUGGCAAGGAGAUGAAGAUCGUCGAUAUUGUUGAACUUGUGGAGAUGGAGCGAGCCACGUGCCACCAUUGGGUGAUGAAGACUUUAAAGAAGAGCUAA